AUGUCAGAAGCACAAAAAAACCGUACUCUUUUAGCGGUGAUAGGGGAUGAAGACACCAUCACAGGGAUGCUAUUAGCAGGUAUUGGACAAGUUGAUGAUUCAACAAAAUCAAAGAAUUUUUAUGUCGUUGAUGAUGCUAAAACCACUGAUGAACAAAUUGAUCAAGCAUUUGAUGAAUAUACUUCUGAAAGAGAUGAUAUAGCUAUCUUACUUAUAAAUCAACAUUUGGCUGAAAGAAUUAGAUUUAAAGUUGAUAAUUUUACAAAAGCUUUCCCAGCUAUUUUAGAAAUUCCAUCAAAAGAACAUCCAUAUGGUAAGUUUAUUUAUUAUUUAAAUCUUUUUUUUCAGAGUAUUGUAAUUUACUAA